AUGUCACACCUCAACGCUCCCACAACAGAACAGGCCAAAAACUACAAAUACACCGGCGAAAAGCCCCCGAAUCCACGACACCUGGCUAUCGCGCUACAGCACGCAAACCAAAUCCAAGCCCAAAAAGACGCCCAAGCCUUAAUACUAGACCGCAUACUAGAACUCAUCGAGUUCCCGUCGUCAGAAUCAGCAAAUCCCGCGCAACCAUCUACAGCGGAUGCCGCAGCUCUCAAAGCGGCUCUUGUCCCAUUCCAGCCCACAGAUUUUGAUAAUCUCAUUCUCGAGCGCAAUAUAGAAGGUCGAUGCGGCUAUGCGCUAUGUCCUCGUGAACACAGAAAGGAGGAUCCUAAUGCUAAGUUUCGAAUUUUAUGGGGUCCAAAAGGCAGCGGAGACAAUGGUCGAGGUCGAGAUAUGAAGGUUGUCCCUCGUGAAAAGUUGGAGAUGUGGUGCUCGGAUCAAUGCGCUGAGCGGGCUUUGUAUCUACGUGUGCAGUUGGCUGAGGAGCCGGUAUGGGAGAGGCGAGCAGUGGAUUCAAGGACAAAGCCGCUUGAAUUAUUGGAAGAAGCGCGACAGAUGAAAAAGGAAGAACCUAAGAAAGCUUUCGAACGCAAGGAUCUGCUGGCUGAAAAGAUGAAGAAGCUCACUGUCAAAGAUGAAACUUCCUCAGCGGCAGCGAAUCAACUCGCUCUUGAACGAGGCGACACUGGUCCAACAUUUAGGAAACAAGGUCGUGUGGACGUAAACAUCCAAGAGAAAGACAUUGACAUGCACGGCGAUAUACCAGCGGCUCCUGUUGCUCGCCCAGGAGACAGUACAGGAGGUUCGAUUGAGGGUUACGUACCUCAAAAAACACACGAGCAGCUUAAGCAAACUCAUGACCGCGAUGAGCCAGUCGAGGAAGACGUGCUUGAUAUCAUUUGA